AAUGCACUACCAAUCAAAGAAAAAGAAAAAAAAGAGAACCCUAAAAACCAAAUGAGAGAAGAAGGGCUGCAACAAGAGUCAGAAAUGUACCCCGCUGAAGAGCAAAUGCAGCUGCUCAGAUCAAAAGCCACAGAGCUUCUCCUCAGAGAAGAAUGGAAAGAAUCUAUACAACUUUACUCUCAGUUAAUCGAUCUUUGCCAAGACCAAAUUUCAAAGACCCAACAAGAUUCCAACCCAAACCCAUAUCACCUCUCUAAGCUCCACAAAUCUCUCUGUGUAGCCUUCUCAAAUCGAGCUGAGGCACAGUCAAGGCUACAAGAUUUCACUGAAGCACUUAAAGACUGUGACCAAGCACUUCAAAUUGAAGCUACCCAUUUCAAGACUUUACUUUGCAAAGGUAAGAUCUUGCUUAGUUUGAACAGAUAUUCCAAUGCUUUGGACUGCUUCAAAGCAGCUCUUUUUGAUCCUCAGGGUAAUGGGAACCUCGAGAUUCUUAAUGGGUAUUUAGAGAAAUGUAAAAAAUUUGAGUUUCAAUCAAGGACAGGAAGUUUUGAUCUUUCUGAUUGGGUUCUUAAUGGGUUUCGAGGAAAGCCUCCAGAACUUGCUGAAUAUAUUGGUCCAGUGCAGGUUAAGAGGUCUGAGAUUAGUGGGCGUGGCUUGUUUGCAACAAAGAAUAUUGAUGCUGGAACUUUGGUUUUGGUCACUAAGGCAAUUGCAAUUGAAAGAGGCAUAUUGGGAGGUCAAGAUACAGGAGAAAAUGCACAGCUUGUUAUGUGGAAGAAUUUUAUCGAUAAAGUUACGGAAACUGUCACAAAAUGUCAAAGAACACAGCUUUUGAUUGACAUGCUAUCCGCAGGUGACAAUGAAGAAGGGCUUGAAGUUCCUGAUAUGAAUUUCUUUAGGCCUGAGAUUGAGAAAAAUGGCUGUUCAAGGGAGAAGCUUGAUAUGGAUAAAAUGUUGAGCAUAUUGGAUGUGAAUUCUCUUGUGGAAGAGGCGGUUUCAGCUAAAGUAUUGGGGAAAAACAGUGAUUUUUAUGGUGUUGGGUUAUGGAUACUGGCUUCCUUCAUCAACCAUUCAUGUAUUCCUAAUGCAAGGCGUUUGCAUGUAGGCGACUAUGUCAUAGUUCAUGCCUCUAGAGAUAUCAAGGCUGGAGAAGAGAUCACGUUCAUAUACUUUGAUACAUUUUCUCCGUUGGACAAGCGUGAGGAAAUGUCGAAAUCAUGGGGUUUUAACUGCAAAUGUAGGAGAUGCAAGUUUGAAGAGGCAGUGUGUUCCAAGCAAGAGUUAAGAGAGAUUGAGAUAGGCCUUGAAAAAGGGGUAGAUGUAGGUGGUGCAGUUUAUAGGUUGGAGGAAGGUAUGAGGAGAUGGGCGAUGAGGGGAAAAGAUAAGGGCUAUUUGAGGGCGUCGUUUUGGACUGCAUAUUCUGAGGUAUAUGGUUCAGAUAGGUUGAUGAAACGAUGGGGCAGGCGGAUUCCGGCAAUGGAGGCUGUCGUAGACAGUGUGGUUGAAGUUGUGGGAAGUGAUGAGAGAGUAUUGAAGGUUGUUGUGGAACGCUUGAAGCAGAAUGGUGGCGUUGGUGUGGUAGAAUUUGAGAGAGCAAUGAAAGUGGGAAGAGGGAUUUAUGGCAAAGUGGUCAAAAAACAAGCAAUGAGGACUCUUCUUGAGCUUGGCAUUAACGAUCAAAGCUAUUAGCUAAAUAGCUACCGGAAAAUAAUUCUUUUUCAUUUUUCUGCUUUCAACAGUUCUACCUUUUUGGUUCCUUAUUUUCAUCUUUUUACUCACAUAACUUGCAUUACUGCCUUGAUGUUGCCAUGAUCAACAAUCCUCAAGGUUGAUGUUACUGACAAAUCUUGUUGCAAUAAACUACGGACUAGUGAGGAAUAGAAAACUUUAAUUUUGUUAUUUGGGUACUUAACUAUCAACCUCUUUGGUGGAUUCCCCUGCUUCAUCCUUCUCAGCCUCCUUUCCAGGCUUAGCAUUUGUGUCUGCCUUCUCAUCAUUUUUCUGUCAAAUAUGAAGUUACAAUCUUUCAUAAACAAGGAUAAAUAACAGCACUGACCAUACGAAAAUGAAUUUGCCAAAUCAAAUCACCAU